AAUCAUCUCCACAAAUAUGUCCCUUUCAGAGCUUAUUAAGUCAUUUCAAUGCCAGAAGAUCCUCAAGAGUAAUCCUCAGACGAAGUCUGUGGUUCUUCUUGGUCAAAUUUCUAAAUCAAAUGAUGCAAUUAUCACAAUUGAGAAGUCACACUUUGUCACACCAGAUGAAUCGUAUGAUGUGGCAAGCUCUGUGGAGCAAACCCUUGAAAUCAACCACAACGACAUCUACUACUGGUCCAACUCAAUUCUUAAGCAGGACCUUGAGGAGAACCCUGGAGCCAAAUUGAACUUGAUCUAUCCUGCUACUGAAACCCAUAUCAGAAAGUACGGAGAACAGCCCCACCAUUAUGUGGUAGAGACUCCACAGAUGUACAAGGACUAUGCAGUUCCAUAUAUCGAGUCGAUGAAAGGGGAUAGAAUCAAAUGGGUCUAUAACAUCCUUUUUGAAGGAAAAGAAUCGGAGACUUUCGUGCAUCAUGAUAAGGAUUUACAGACCGGGUUUGUGCUCUUGCCAGAUAUGAAAUGGGACACAAUCAAUUUGGAUACUUUGUAUUUAUGCUGCAUUGUCAACAGAACCGACAUUUCUUCGGUUCGUGACUUGAAUGAAUCACACGUUCAGUGGUUAAUUGAUCUUCAACAGAGGCUUAGAAAAUUAACAUUCGAGAAGUAUUCGGUUGAAGCAGACCAAUUGAGAAUUUUUGCUCAUUAUCACCCUUCAUAUUAUCAUUUCCACUUGCAUAUAGUGAACAUUAAGCACCCUGGCUUGGGUAAUGGAAUUGCAGUUGGAAAAGCGAUUUUGUUAGAUGACAUUAUUGAGAAUAUUCAGUUGGCGGGAGAUUACUACCAGAAGAAAAACAUAGGGUUCUUGUUGGGAGAAAACCAUGGUUUAUGGCAAAUAGAGGGGUACAGAAAGUCCCACGAGGAGAGACAAUAGAGAGCAUUAUAACAUACUGAUGAAAUUUGAAAUUAAUUCUUGAUGAUAAUUUGCGACUAUUCGUUAACUAAGCUAGCUAGUUGCAGUAGCAUGCUACGCAGACUGCCCUAAUAUACAUAACUAAAUACUAUGAUGCUAAUAAUUGAAUUCACUCAGAUUGGACUUCACGGCCAUCUUGGCCAUUCU